CCCAAUUUUUUUGAGUUUGCAAAAUAUUCUGUCAUUAAGAGGAGGCUUUUGGAGGCAAAUCGUCCCUUUGGUGUGUCACAUUCUUUUUAUUAGCUAAUCUCAUUUUUGGUUUCUAUUAUUGUUUGAAGUAUCUUUAGUUUUUUAUUUGUUAGAUGUUCUGUGUUGUUAGAAACCUCUUAUGUCUCUAUUGGUAUGAUUUGUAGUGAUAUGUGUUCUUUUUGUGAGUUUGCUAGAUUUAUGUGGAGUUGUGGUCUAUGUGUCCGAAAUUAAAAGGAUGACUUAUGUUCCCGGAGAGUAUGAUGCAAGUACUGCAUGCAAUUAUCUAUAUUUCCGUCUCAUGGAUCAGAAAGGUAGGGAGCUGCCAUGUUUUGCGCUUGGUCAUUAUGCUGCUGAUUUUAUGAAUGUGUGGACAAGCCGAGGCUACCAGGCUUCAUUCCGUUAUCAACCUGUUUUCUGUGUGUUGCGUUUCUGGAAAGUCGAUGAGUUCAUGGGUGAACCUUCUAUCUCCACCAGAAUUGGUUGUUCUAAGAUAUAUCUUGAGCCAACAUUACCGGAGAUCAAGGACUUGAGGAUGAUGUCUGUUUUCAUAGCUAGGAUAACAUGGGCUAUUGAAGAAGGUGAGGAUUGUGAUGACGACGGUGAAGUUGUUGAUCAGAAUUCUUAA